AUGGAACAAAGGAAUACUAUCACAGAAUUUAUUCUUUUAGGACUUUCUCAGAAAAAGGAAAUAGAAGUCCUCUGCUUUUUCCUGUUUGUGCUCUGUUACAUUGCAAUCGUGAUCGGAAACUUGCUUAUCAUGGUUUCCAUCGCCUACACACACACGCUGCUUGUUACCCAGCCCAUGUAUUUCUUCCUGAGGUACCUCACCCUGUCAGGCCUCUGCUAUACCUCCACAGUGACCCCCAAACUAAUCACUGAUCUGCUGGCUACUAAGAAGUCCAUUUCCUACAGUGGCUGCAUGACUCAGCUCUUUACCAUGCACUUCUUCGGGGGCAUCAAGUUCUUCAUCCUCAUGGGGAUGGCCUUUGACCGCUUCGUGGCCAUUUGCAGGCCACUGCACUAUGCGGUCAUCAUGAGCAGGCACCAGUGCGACCUGCUAAUUGUAGCUUCCUGUGUGGGUGGAUUCCUGCCUUACUUUCGUCAGUUCAUCCUCUCUGUCUUACCCUGCUGUGUUCCCAAUGAAAUAGACCACUACUUCUGCGAUGUGUAUCGUUUGCUGAAGCUGGCCUGCAUGGACACAAGCAAAAUUGGCCUUUUCCUCAUUACCAAUUCUGGCCUGAUGGGCCUGGUGACUUUUGUGGUCUCGGUGAUAUCUUAUGUGGUGAUCUUGUACACUGUCAAGUCCUACUCUGCUGAGAGUCGCCGCAAAGCCUUCUCCACCUGCAGUUCCCACGUCACUGUGGUGGUCCUCUUUUUUGCUCCUUUACUAUUUGUUUAUAUUCGACCAGCAACUACUUUUCCAGAAGACAAAGUGUUCGUUCUGUUUUAUACUAUCAUUGCCCCCAUGCUCAACCCUCUGAUUUACACACUAAGAAAUAUGGAGAUGAAGAAUGCCAUCAAGAAAUUCUGGUCCCAUCAUGAGAAGUGA